AUGAUUAACACCCCCGAAUGCGACCCUGAUAGGAACUUACCCUGUGGGUCAGGAAACUACCCCGAUGAUUUCUUCUGUGAGCGUUGUCCACGUGGAACGUACCAGGAUGAGAUUGGCCAGUUGGAUUGUAAACCUUGUCCCGAUGGCUGGACCACCGCUGGGAUGCAAACUAGAAACAUCUCACUUUGCAACGUGCCACUGGAUAAGCCAACACACAGUGAACGUCCUGUUUUAUACAGCUUCAUAAUUACUGGGUUGGUUGUGAGUGUGUUCUUAGUUUUUAUUGGCGUUUGGUGUAAUCGUAAAUUGGUAAAAAGCAACGUGUAUUGUGGAAGACGGCCAAAGAAAGUCAGCGCAUAUCCACGCAGACACGGCCAUCCCCGAGAGAUUGGGAAUAUCAAAUAUGCAUGGGGUGAAAUGCAUCAUGGCCAAAGUAAUGCUGAUGAAAAUGACUUUGUUGAAAAAUCAAUAUGAAGGUCUACCCGAUAACAACUGACGUGGACAACGGCUUUCCACCUCCAUAUUCAAAAUGACAAUUUACAAUUUCAGACGUGAAUGUACAGUCCAGUCACAAACUUUCUUAAAGAUGAUUCAAUAAAUUUCCAGAAAGAAAUCGCGAUAUGCUUUUUGGGGAAAAAAAUGGAGACGUUUUAUAUAAACAUUACAAAGUGCAUAUUUAUAAUAAAAAAGUCAAUACUGUU